AAAAAAGGGCUAGAUGCAUGCAGGAUCUCUGAAGAAAAAGAGUGAGUUCAGGAGCAUGGUUUUUCCACUUACCAGGUUUACAAGGUAGUUGUAUCUAUGGAACUAAAAAGUGCAAAUUUUGAAGUUGUAUACAGAAAUGGUACUUAAAGCCAUAGAAUGAAUGAAAUUGCUUAAGGAGAAUGUAGUGUGAGAUAAAGACCUGAAGAACUACAACAUUAGAUCUGAAGAACUACAACAUUUAGGGGCUGACUAGAUCAGGGUAGCUGGCAAAGGGGACUGAGGAAUUUACAGGGUAAUGUCAUAGUUGUCCACAGGAAUCUUUCCAAAUGAACAGUCAGUUGAGGACUGAAAAGUCCACUGGAUCUAGCAAUAUGAAUGUCACCAAUUACCUUAGCAAAAGCACUUUUGCUGGAAUAAUGGGGGAAGCCAUUUUGGCAUAUGUUGAAACAAUGAAUGGGAAGUGAAGAAGUAGAUUCUGGAUGUGUAGCAGUUUUUCCAAGAAGUUUGGCUCAGAAGGGUAGUAGAUGGGAUGACAAGUGGAAAGAGAAGUGAGGUCACUGGAGGAUUGUUAAAGAGUAUAACAUGUUUGAGUGUCACUGGAAGGUUCCAGUGGAGAAGCUAAAGAAGUAGGUAAAGGUAAGAAUAACCAAGGGACAGAUGUCUUGGAGCAGGGAGGAGGCAAUGGGAUUCUUAAUUAAAACCUCUUCAGCAAGAAACUAGGGUGGAAAAAACCCCAAACUCUACCAUCUCAUAUUUCAGAGAAAGAGAAUUUAGAAGGAAGCAUGUAAGUAAAGAGCAACAAUAUUCUGUGACUGUUUUUUAAUAAUAACAAGGAAAAUUCCUACUGGAGUUAACAGAAUUCAUUCCCACCUGCAUAAUACAAGAUAGACUAACUCAGAGUGACCUUAGUAAAAGGUGUAAUCAUAAAGAAAUGAGAUAUCAUUAUGUCUUCAUUGUAGCAUUAUAUGAAGCCCUGGUCAUUUACCGUAUCAGUGUCACCAAACUGAACACUUAAUGAUUCUUACUCCAAGAGGCAAGUCUUAGUGGUUUCUAUUUUAACUGAAGGAGAGAUUAGUUUCUGUGCAAGAAUGAAAAAGAUAACCAUAAAUUCUUCGGGCGAUAACCAUAAAUUCUUUGGGCUUCUCUCAUCAAGAGGUAAACUCCAGUACCCCUUAACUCUGGGCUGGCUUUGUUGUUGUUUUGACCAACAGAAUGUGGCUGAGGCCCUGCUUCCAAGAUUAGGCCUGAACUGAGGUCCCCCAGCAGCCAGGCACCACCUGCCAAAGCGUGAAUAAAGCUAUCUUGGACCACCCAGCAUAGCCAACCUGUGCUGAAUGAAGCCACAUGAAUAAGCCUAAGAGAAACUUGCAGAGGAAUCUCCGACCUUGCCCACAAGUUAGAGAUAUAAAUCACUGUUUGAGGCAGUUCGUCAUGCGGCAGUACUUAGCUGAAACUAUUACCUUCCUACCUUGGCUGCUGGGCUAAUUUCUCAUCUCAUGGAGCCACAGGGUUUUCUUGCCAACUGCAAAGAGUUGGCAAAUGGGAAUGACGAUCACUAGCCUCAGUGUGUUCUCUGAUCCACUCCAUACUCUGUUGUCAUCUCUAUACUGCGAAUACCGUUUAUUCCUUUAAAUGCAAUGUGUCUUUCAAAACUGACUUGAAUGUCCUCACCUUUCAAGUGGAGUUACCUGCCAUUUUGAGUAACUUAUUUGGGGGAGAUAGGUAAAGACCCAGCGUAAUGCCCGUAUCCUCAAUAAAAAGUAUUUGCUGAUACUCCUCCCUCCCCGGCCUGUGACCUGGCUGCUCUGGGCUUCUGGGGGCUCCCCCUAAACUCGCUCCACGAAAUGCCCUCUCCAACCUGGCACACCCGCUCUCCUACCUUCACCCAGGGAUGGCCGUUAUCUCUGUGCGUCACGCGGGUAACUCCCAUCUGAACUGGGAACUGGGGCCUUAUGAUUUUCGGUACUUUUAUUUGAACGUGGGCCACGUCCCUGCAUGGAAUACGGUUCCUGCCUUGAAGGACCCUUACUUAACACCUCUGCGGGCUGCCUGGACUCCACGACCCCGCAGAUGAAGGAGCCCACCGUGAUCCCUGCGCGCCCCGCCUUCUCCGGCGCUUCCGGAUGCUGGCUCUCAGGGGGCGGGACAUGGUCGCGCGCAAGGCCUGCCGGGUGCUCGGGAUCGGAAGCGCCUUCUCCAGCUCGAGCCAUCGCGAGGCCGUGAGAAAGACCGGAAGCAGCAGCAUGCUGAUCCCAUUUUCAAUGAAGAAUUGCUUCCAGUUACUUUGUAACCGCCAGGUCCCAACAGCUGGCUUUAAAAAAACAGUAAAAAAUGGAUUCAUUAUACAUUCAAUUUCCAAUGAUGUCUAUCAAAAUCUGGCUGUAGAAGACUGGAUCCAUGACCAUAUGAAUCUAGAAGACAAACCAAUUCUAUUCUUUUGGCGGAAUUCUCCCUCUGUUGUAAUUGGUAGGCAUCAAAAUCCUUGGCAGGAAUGUAACCUGAAUCUGAUGAGAGAAGAAGGUAUAAAACUGGCUCGGAGAAGAAGUGGAGGAGGAGCAGUCUACCAUGAUAUGGGUAAUAUCAAUUUGACUUUCUUUACAACCAAAAAAAAGUAUGAUAGAAUGGAAAAUCUGAAACUAAUUGUGAGAGCUCUGAAUGCUAUCCACCCUCAGCUGGAUGUGCAGGCUACCAAAAGGUUUGACCUUUUACUUGAUGGACAGUUUAAAAUCUCAGGAACAGCCUCUAAGAUUGGCCGGACCACUGCCUAUCACCAUUGCACUUUAUUAUGUAGUACUGAUGGGACGUUCUUGUCUUCUUUGCUAAAGAGCCCUUACCAAGGGAUCAGGAGCAACGCCACUGCUAGCAUACCUUCCUUAGUGAAAAAUCUUUUGGAAAAGGAUCCCACUCUGACCUGUGAAGUACUAAUGAAUGCUGUCGCUACAGAGUAUGCUGCUUAUCAUCAAACUGAUAAUCACAUUCACCUAAUAAACCCAACGGAUGAGACACUGUUUCCUGGGAUAAAUAGCAAAGCUAAGGAACUACAAACCUGGGAGUGGAUAUAUGGCAAAACUCCAAAGUUUAGUAUAAAUACUUCCUUUAAUGUGUUAUAUGAGCAGUCACACUUGAACAUUAAAGUAUUCAUAGACAUAAAGAAUGGAAAAAUUGAAAUCUGUAAUAUUGAAGCACCUGAUCAUUGGUUGCCAUUAGAAAUACUUGACAAAUUAAAUUCAAGUCUUGUUGGCAGUAAGUUUUGUCCAACUGAAACUACCAUGCUAACAAAUAUAUUACUUAGAACAUGUCCACAAGACCACAAACUACACAGUAAAUGGAAUAUUCUCUGUGAAAAAAUUAAAGGAAUAAUGUGAUUUUAAGUAAAUUUCUUAAUCAGUUAAGUUAGAAAAUAAAGUCUCAUACAUGCACAUUGUUAAUGUC